AUGUCGACCAUAAAGCGUAUUCGGCUCAUCAUCACCGACCCAUCCACCAACGCUUCUUUACCGUCGUCCAGGUCCGAGUCUGGGUCUACAACAACACCCGCACCUGUGUCAAUCCCGUGUUCUGCUGAAGGAACGAUUACUGGGGAUGCAGACACCUCUACGGAACUCGUGCGACUCUUGCGGGCGGGGGUUAGUCUCACUGGUCCUUUGGCUGGUGCCACUGCCUCUACCUCUGCGACAACCACCGGGGCGAGUGGCAUACCAGCUGGAGCACCAGGAGUGCCUAUACCAUCGUCAGUGUUCACCAGCUCAGCGGACGGCGUUAUGGAGGCACUGGCCGGUUUCUACCAGCCCUGCGGGAACAUCAGCGACGGUAUCGGAACCUCUACAGGAAGGACCACUCACGACCUCACAAAUCCUGCUGCACCCUUGGCACCUUCCGCGGAAACAGCAACAGGGACAGGGACAGUAACCGUCCCCAUGAAGGGGUCGAGGAAAGGCAAGGAGCGAGCGACUGACCAACAGGGUCAGCAUCAGGGACAAGGAGCAGGGUUGGCAGUAAGCAAAGCGAAACGUCGCAGGAAGCCAACCGAUCAGAGUGCUGGUGGAUCUGUACCGGGAAGUUCUGAAGGCGGCGUUUCUUCGACGUCAGCUUGUCUAAAGAAGCGAGGCCGCCCACGCAAGGACCCGAAUGCCGCUACUACUCUGAGGCGUAAUGCCAAGGGCAAAGGACGAGCCAAGGAUUCUGCGGACGCCAACACCGACGCCAUCAGCAACGAGGCGCCUCCGGAUCCUACGACUAAGAAGGGUGCCAAAGAUGGUGGUGAUUCUGAGUUUGAGACGGAUGACGAUAUGGUGGAGAUUAUUUUGACCAGGAUCCCGCAGACCCAGAAGCGCAAGGUCGAAGUUCUGGAAGAAAUCGACAGCCAGGACGAGCUAAGCGAGCAGGAGAAGGGAAAUGAGGUUGGUUCUGGUGACGGAGAGGAGAAUGAUCAUGAGGGAGACGAAGGAGACAAACACAUCGGGAUACAGGAAGUCGCCGAACCCUCUUCGUCUAAUCUGGAUAGGGGACACUUUGGAGCUGUCAAGGGUCGCGAAUACACGCGCUCGAUAUUCCCGACAGAGGUGCUGCAGCAGAUCCUGCUCUACCUGCCCUUGUCCAAGAUCGCACGUCACUCCCGGAUCUCAAAGGCAUGGCUGGAUGCAGCACGUGUGUUGCCGGUUUGGAAAGAAGCCUGCAAGAAGGCAGAGUUGGGCGACCCCAGGAAAAAGUACAGGACCCAUAUGGCACUGGUAUGUGCCAACUCUUACUGGAUCUGUGAGCGGUGCAUGUCUUUCUCCAAGGGUCGGGAACAUUAUGCGGAUUUGCCCUUGCCGGUCGAGAAUAAGGACGAUGGCCAUUUGGACUGGAUGCUGUGUCUGGCCUGCCGACAGGAGUACUUCAAACGACACCCAGAACCCCUGAAAGAGGACAGGGUUUACAGGGAUGAGUUUGCGUUUGUGGUUCAAACCAAGCAACUGGCGCCGCAUGCUAUAUUCAUCAACUACGCACUGCGAGGUGAGAACUUGCGAGGGGUCCCGAGUACAGGUCGACAGGAUACCAGAAACCAGCUGUUCGAUCGAGGAGCAGUCCAGCGACGCGCAUUGGAAGUCCACGGCGGGUGGGUAGGCAUAGAUGCUUGUGCGACAAACCCUGGACGGAAACGAGCAGCGGUCUGUAAUGAGAGAGCAAAAGGGUGUCGAUUGUACAAGAAGAAGCCGCUGACCAAGAAGCGUCCACCUGUAUCUGAAGAGAAGAAGGAGGAGAGGAGGGAGGCAUUGGAGCAGCGUCGCGAGGAGAGGGAGAGUGCUCGACGUGAGAGCGGGAGACAGCAACUUCUUUGGGAUCGGGUGAUUCGGUUGAGUAAACGGCACAAGUGGCACACAACUUCCAACUGGAGGAAGAACCGCUACUACUAA